AAUCAUACCAAAAAUAAUUCAUGUUUUUACUCCUGAGGUGAUCGUGUCCUGAAAAAAAAUACGAUGACGAGUUACCCGAGCAGUUCUUUAACCGCUAUUCAGCAGCACGAAGAGCGCGUCAGCCGAACAACGCAGUUGAUACCGCUGUUUGCGCGCGCAAAUCUAGCUUUUUUCAAAGGAGAGGAUCCUGCGAUCAUUGCGAACUCUCUGUACAACGCUUCUUCGCGAACCGACUCCUAUAAUAUUAGCGCUGAUGGUUCGGACGAUUCUAGGGGUUCAUCUUUGUUCUCGUCACUUCUAGUAACGACAAGGUCGACAUCCACUCUGCAUCUCCUCCAGUUAGCGGUUAUACUAACCAUCUUGCCUCUUCUCCUUUCGGCUGUUUUCGGUCGUCGACGCCUUCUCAAAGAGCAGACGUGGCCGAUUCAAUUCCGUGCACUUGUCUUCUUCAUUGUUUGCGUCCUUUUUGUCGAGUUCUAUGGCUAUCUGGAACGUAUAUCAGUGGACCACGAGAUCACACGAGCUGCUUUCGGGAACAACCAGAUUCAAAAUUCUACCGCGUCAUCAUCUCCAUCAACACAACAAGAGGACUUCGUCAACAUCAGAGGUGGAGAUCUGCUCAGUAGCACGACAACAAACAACAUUCGAGACAAGAAUUAUGGGUGUAGGGAAUUCAUCAUCUCCAAAUGAGUCAUCUGAGAUAGAGAAAAAGACAAGAGGAAAUAAAGGGACCCAGAUGAUCCCUGAGAUGAAUUCCCGAUACCUCUAAAAGAAACAUCAAGAACUACAGCAGCAAUUUUUAUCAACCUCAGGCUCAUCAACUUCUGCUAUGCGACUUAGUCGGAAUCCUUUGCUCCUUCUUUUUUUAGGAGGAUUGUUACCAGCUUCCGCGUUUCUCGUGGACUCAGCGUGGAUGUGGUUCGUUUCCCUACCUGGUGCGACUUUGCUCAGCCACUACACAUGGAUCUUACCGGUGGAAGGUAUGCUUUGUCGGGAGCUUCAAGACUCUGGGGAGUUGUAUCUUCCUAGGACUACAAGUAGAAGUGCAAAAAGAACACUUAGUAGCGAUGGUGAAGAAGAGGACGAAGAGGAAGAUACAAUUAAGGGUUUCCGAAUUGCAUUCCACACUAGCAUCCCUAGCUCUUUUCCCAGUAGAAAAGAUGCCAGGGAUGUUGAUGUUCUGAGGUGAGUAAUUCCGUAACCUCUAAUACAAAGAAUGAUACAACAAGCACAUCAUCAACCUCCUCCGGGAGCAUGAGGGUAUUCCCGUCCUCUUGCGAUGAUGAGGAUCUCUUCGCCGGAAUGCCGAGGUAUCUAGAUCUCGCGCAAGUCCUUAUGUUCAGCGUCAAGAAGUGUCUCACAGCAGCAGGGCUCUAUCAACCUGGCUCUUCGGAGGGAACGAAUCGAAUAAGCCGACCUUCAUCCACGACUACGACUAGGUCCACUGAGUCUAUUGCUAUUCAUCGGGAUAGUCCUCGUGGAAGAAUCAGUACAACUAGAUUAUCUUCUCCUAGAUAUGAAGAUGAACUGGUAGAUUCUCCAUCUCCGCAUAGUACUGAACUGGUAGACGCUCCACUGGUAGAAGAUAAUGGAAAAAGGAGAAAACAUGCCAUGAGCAAGCAUCCCGCUUCCUUAGUAGAUGCUCUAUUUCCAUUCGCGCCGUCGUGGAUCCGUGAGUGGACGACCACCAGUAUGAACAGCGCUAGUAGUACAGCAAAAAGAACGAGUACCAUAUUAGGGAUUGAUGCAGAGCUCUAGUAGGGCUGCUGGCACCAGCCUUCUAGUAAGGCUGCUGGCACCAGCCUUGAUGGAUUCAUCGGAUCAUCAUGUGCAUGAUUUGCAUUCAAGGGAACAGAACAACAAUAUUUGAAAGAUAAUUUCAACAAUUGCAAGAAAAUCACACAUCAACAGCAGACAGAGUGUAGUGCCAGUUACACGACCAGAAAGUAGCUGGGUCGAUGCAAGUACGUAG